CUAUAACCCCUUCAAAACACGCCUCUUCUCCGCAUGUUACCUUGUCUUCACCACGUAUUGAUAAUCGUGGGCCAUCUUAAUAAACACAAUAUAUCAUUAUUGUAAAAUAAUAAGUUUUAUGUAAUCGCGUUCGUAGAGUGUGAUGUUUAUUUUAGGUGUUUUACAUGGUUUUAGCCUGACCCCUAUGUUUUGGUCACGUGACAAAAAGUUAGCGUCACUUUAUCAUUGUUAUCAGUGGAGCUUGUAGAAAUUUCUUACCAAAUUAUUAAUUGAUCGUUCGGAGUUCCUACAGAGAAAAGAGAGAGAGAGAAGAAUUAUCGGACGUCAGUAAUUAAUACGCAGUGAGUACUGUACGGUACAAUUUAGGUGAUUUGCCCCCAGGAUCUGACAGGUUCCGUCCAAGAAAGCUAGAGACCUUCUAUUUGACAAUGGCUGAUUCGCAGAAAAUAAUACGAGUGCAGCUCAUCGGACAUUCGUACGUUCGCCGCUUACGGGAGUAUAUUCUAGUUAACGAUGAAUAUCAGAAUCUACAGUUGGAUAGAACAAAAUUUUCAGUGGACUUCAUUUCACAGGGAGGACUGACUUUCCAACGUUUGGCUCAACGCCAGGAAUUUCUUAACUUUGGAGAUCCACCCCCUAGUGUCUGUUUCGUACAGAUGGGCGGUAACGAUUUGUGUCGGGGAAAACCGGGGAAAGUAAUCACGGACAUACUUUCAUACGCACGUUAUUUACACGACGGGGUGGGUGUAAAACAAGUCAUAGUUGGUCAACUGCUACGCCGUCAGCCUUGGGCAUCUAGACCCGAUUACAAUGACGAUGUGGUGGCUGUAAACAAAGCGUUGAAAGAAGAGAUAGCAGCAUUGGACAACAUCCACUUCUGGUCGCAUAGAGGUUUUUGGACGGACCUGUCCUACCUGGGGCGUGAUGGGGUGCAUAUAGAGAGGGGAUCUAGACACAUGCGAAAAUACCUUCACAGCAUCCGCAUUGCAGUCCUUCAGUAUUCCAGAUAAGCUAUUCAAAAUGAUAUUUUUUUUUUACUAGCCUACAUAACUGUGCUUUAUGUCACACAGAUUCUACAUAAGCAAUUUAAUAUGAUAUGCAAAUUUUCUUACUGGGCUACAUGACUUUGCUUUAGGUCACACACAGCUUAACUAGCGUAAUUCAACAAUAUACAAUUAGUAUGUAGUGUGUAAAAAGGGUAGCCUCAUGCUAAUUAUGCUUUAGAUGUAGUCCCUCAGAGUAGAGGUACAUGUUUGUAGUCGCAUGCAUAGAAGUGGGCAACUAGUAGUUAAACGCUGUAAGGUGCAGUAUAUAGUGCCACACGCACAGUAGUAUGCAGUAUCAGUAGUCACACAAAGUAGGGUGUAGUUUUAGAGUCACACGCAGAAUAGUGUGCAGUAUUAAAGUCACACGCAGAGUAGUGUGCAGUAUUAGUAGUCACACGCAGAGUAGUGUGCAGUUUUAGUAGUCACACGCAGAGUAGUGUGCAGUUUUAGUAGUCACACACAGAGUAGUGUGCAGUUAGUUGUCACACGCAGAGUAGUGUGCAGUUUUAGUAGUCACACGCAGAGUAGUGUGCAUUAUUAGUAGUCACACGCAGAGUAGUGUGCAGUUUUAGUAGUCACACGCAGAUUAGUGCGCAGUAUGAGUAGUUACACACAAAAUGUGCAGUAUUACAGUCACAGGCACAGCAGUGUGCAGUAUUAGUAGACAUGCAUGCAUAGUAGUGUGCUGGAUUAGUAGUCACAUGCAAAGCAGUGUGCAUUUUAGUACUCACAUACACAGUAGUAUGCUGCCAGCAUGAGUAGUUACACACACAGUAGUGUGCAAUUUGUUUUAUUUAGUUGUCACAGAUGUAAUGUGUACAUGAUGUACAUAAUUUCUAAUUACAUGCAGAAUAGGUACACUAGUUAGGUGGACGUGCAGACUAAGGUGUAUAGUAAGACCUAUGGUUAUUUACUAUAUAGUGGUCAUUACAUAAUUUAUUUGAUACACUCAGUCUAGGGCAAUCUGCUAUGUAUGUUAUGCAACAGGAAAUGUGUACCAAUGAUAGACAGUUAUGUGUUUAUGGUUAGGUGCAGUCCAGCUCAAGCAUGAAUUAAAUAUACACCUUAAUACACAACUUAACAUUUUGUAGGAGUCAUGCCGAGAAGGAAGGCAGAUCAGUCAGGGGGAAAGGGCCAGAUGGCAAAAUCAAAGGGCCCAAAACGUCCACGAACCGGACAGGUUCCAAUGAUGGAGGCGGCGGUUCCCUCGACAAGUCAGAGUCUCGUGGACUUACCUCAACCCACUAUUGACUAUGCAAAAUUGGCGACGGAGAUCCUGAAGCAACAAGCGGUUCAGCAAGGUGCGAACGCGGAAAUACCAACUCCUCAGAGCCAGGCUAUGAGCAUAAGACAAGAGUCUGGAGAAGGAGCCAGUUGUGCCAUGCGGACAGAAGUCCCCAACCAAGGUCUGGUGGCUACGGAAACUGUCACAAAUUUGGUGACACACAUUUUUGAAGGCAGCGUUCCAGUCUACACCACAAUUAAACCACAAACAGACACCGAUUCCACAAACCAACUUGGCCAUUUAAAUACAGAGGCUGUUAAUUUGCUUUCAAAAGCUCUAUCAAGCAGUACAUGCACAGCUUAUAAGAGGACAUGGGAAAUGCUUUUGGCAACAUGUCCAGCCAUUAACUCACUACCUGUCUCCCCAGCUAUAGUGUGCAACUUUAUCUCUGAUUUGUUCUGCAAGGGAUAUUCUCCUAACAGCAUUGCAACACACAUAUCAGCAAUCAGUUAUGUACAUAAAUUGUUAGGUUCUACUGAUCCAGCAGAAACAUUUCUAGUCAAAAAGGUCAUGCAAGGUUGUCACCAUUCUGCUCCUAGUAAGGAUUCUAGAUUACCAAUAACAGGCCCCAUUCUAAAAAAGUUAAUACAGGGUCUUCAGUUCUCUGUUUCCAAUCAUCAACAAAGGAUCCUGUUAAAAUCUAUUUUCCUUUUAGCAUUUAAUGCAUUCCGUCGUCUGGGGGAAGUGGUGGUAAAGUCAAAGAGUUUGGCAAGCUUUGUCAUCCAAAGAGAAGAUGUUACCUUUGACUUUGAUGAUACAAACUCACUUCUGGCAGUCAUGAUUGUUCUAAAACAUUUCAAAACAAAUAAAACAAAAAACCUCUUCCAGAUCUACUUGAAGGUCGUGAAAGACAAGUCCAUGUGCCCGGUUCAUGCUUUGUAUGAAUAUCUGGAAACCUUUGGCCAUCACACAGGGCCCCUAUAUCAAUUUAUCGGAGGCAGUCCUGUUCCAUACUCCUUUGUAAGCAAACACCUCCAAAAUGCUAUUCAAUUCAUUGGACUUAAUCCUGCACUUUACAAGGGUCACAGCUUUAGAAUAGGGGCGGCUACACAUGCAGCAAGUCUAGGUUUCUCAGAAAAUUGCAUACAAAAAAUGGGUCGAUGGAAUUCAGAUGCUUUACGUAGAUACAUCAGGCUGGACAGUUUUGUAAUAUAACCCCGUAUACAUAAAUCUAAUAUUCAUAGGCUCAAAGGUUAGGCGUAAGUUCAGCUUUCAAGGUGAGCAAUAGAACAGGUCAGAUGUAAACUGCUGUACUAGACACCUCAUUAACACUACAAAUCCUGCAUCUACAUAACAAAUCUCACAGGUCAGAUGUAAACUGCUGUAAGAUUAUCAUUACUUUCUUUGACAUACACACAGGUCAGAAGUAAACUGCUGUGUGAAGUCAAACUAUGCUGGGUAGCUACUUGUUAUAGGGUCACAUCUAUGUCUAGUCACAUUGUUUGUUUUAUACUCCUAUUUAAACUGUGCCUGCUGGCUCCUGGUUGACAUGCAAUAACACGAGGCAGAUGUAUAUAUGUGUUGUCAUUUGAUGUAUUUUGAUAACUAGUCAUCUCGGAAUCGCUAGAGUACUCUGCCCCUUGUUGGUUGACUACCCAUGCUUGGCUAGUCCGCCCAUUUGUCAAUUCAGGACAGGAACUUAUGGCAUGGUAUAAAUCUUCUGGUUUGAUUUGAGUUCUGAGAAUGUCUUUUAACAUUAUUUUCAUCAACUCUAAGCAGACGUUCGCCAGACGGGUAAAGUUUAACUGAUCGGAUGAUAAAUGUAUCGAUUCCAUAUUGACCUUGCAAUGACCUUUGAUGAGUAGGAACUCAUAUUCAUACCAUAUUAGUGUAUUGCUGAAAGGAAAAUUAAUGAAUUAAACAAUGACAUCUUUCUACGCUAAGUUAUGACACAGAAUUAUGCUUUGAAUGAAAGACAAAAUUAACGAUAACACUGACAAACAAUAAACAUAUAUCACAAUGUCAAAUAAAAAUAUUUACUACAAAGCAGAGCAUCUACUGGCAGUAUGACAUUUUCUAAUAAGUACCAAUCUUGAAUGUUGUAUUUCAAACAAAUGCGAGAAUAAGUGAAAAUGAAACGUAAUUUUUCUUUCAAAACUUCCAAAGGGACAAAUAAAUUUGAAACCACAAAUGUUCGACUUUUCAACACAUUACAUUAUCAUCCCUCAUGAUAAACGAAAGACUGGGAUUUUGAAAACAAAGACGCCUGCUUCUUUAAUAAAAAGGGUACUCAAAAGCGCUCGUUUUCUGUGAUCUGCUCUCCGAAUUUACUUUCCUCAACACCAUCCAAAUUCAACGCAUAAGUACUUCGAAGUUGAUCUUGAAAAUAUGCUACAAUUCUUCAUUGGCAACAUUGAUGCGGUCUUCUAACAGCCAGUUGAAAUUCGCAAAUAUACAUGAACUAUGCUCCCUUAAUUUCUUACAUGUUCUUUUAUCUUAUAAGAUAGAUCUUAUUCAGUAGAAUUGAAUAUCCAUUCAAUCCAACAACAUAAAAAGUAUGACUUUUCAACACUUUAUACGAUCAUUCCUCUCGGUGAAUUAAAGACUAGACUCCUUGACAUUAUAGACAGCUGCCACUACACAGAAAAAUUCAUCUAUUUAUAUAAGUCAAUCAAAAAAUAACAACACUGUGAUCAUUUACAAAAGUAGUCUGAAAUUGAAUAUAAAGAUAUUGGAGUUCCUCAUUGACAAUAUUUACGCAGUCUUCCAACAGUCUUUUGGAAUUACCAUGGGCAAAAUGGUGCUCCUUUUCUAGCUGUCCUGUGUUUAUAUUCUUGUGAGGCAGCCUUUAUUCAAAAGCUUCAACUUAAAAUGUGUUGUGCCACAGCAUGGUAGAAGUGAUGCAAAUCAAAUGUGUAUUCUAAAAACAUCUGAAGGACAGUAAAUUUGAAAUUGUAACACUUCUCUCAAAUCAACAACAUCUAAAGAUAUCAAUCAUUGAUAUGUUACACGAUCAUUCCUCACGAUAUAUUAAAGACUAGUUACACAGUUGCUUCUUCAACAAAAAUGAAGGAGGAAAUAAUUAUAUUUAGUGAUCAAGCAUCCAAAACAUUACUUUGUUAAACAUCAUUUUGAGUCCACGUAGAAGUACCCUAAAAUUGAAAAACAAAUAUGACAGUUCCACAUUGACAAUAUAUGUGUAGUCUUUGGUGAUCAGGUCUUCCAACAGUGUGUUGGAAAUCACAUGGGCACGCAUUGAGCUACUUUGUUAGCUGACCUGUUUUUAUAUUCUUAUGAGGCGGAAUUUAUUCAAAUCUUCCUACAUGAGAAGAAAAAAAACUCUUGCUGUGGCUUUCAACUCGACAUUUAGAUAUAUUGACGACAGUCUAUCUAUUAACAAUAAUUAUUUAAAAAAUUGAUUAAAAAAAUAUCCAACUUCUGAAAAUAAAUGGAUUGAAAAUGGUAUCAACUUUAGCAGAAAAGAAUGGGAUACUAUUUAUAUGCUUCCUUUAAAACAACUGCAGAAACAAAAUUGCAGUGGUUUCAAUUCCAAAUGCUUCACAUAUUAUCUGCUACAAACUACUACCUGAAUAGAUGUGGUAUCAAAGACUCUACGCUAUGCUCUUACUGCAAUCAAUUGACAGAGAUAUUAGAUCAUUUGUUUUCAGAAUGUUUUUUAAUAAAAAAAUCUUUGGUUUGAGGUAGAACAUUGGUUAAAGUCUACAUUAGAUAUUGAUAUAAACACAAGCAGAAAUUCAAUUUUGUUUGGCAAAUUGAAUAAUAUUAGAUUACACCGUCUGGAAAAUCUUGUAAUUCUAAUAAUUAAAUACUAUAUUUAUACAAACAGGUUCACCCCUUCAAAGAGGUUGAGCUUUGAGACCCUUAACAAGAAUGUAAUUAGUCAAUUAUAUGUUGAAAAAUUGAUCUUACUGAAAAAUUGUAAGUACAAUGAAUUUAACAAAUGUUUGAAAAAUACCUAACAAAAAUUGAACAUUCAUCAUAAGCUAUGAAAAGCCCUGUUUCUCUCUAUGUGUUGCAUCUCUUUAAAUGACUUUCUUCCUUCCUUUCAAACUCUUAUCUUAAACAUGUCUUCUUUUCUUCUAUAAACACCCAAAACGAUCAUAUAUAUAUAUAUAUAUUUUAAUAUUAAUUAUGAAUCAUAUAUAUAACUGAAAAUAAUCUAUAUGUAUAAUGUAUAUGUAUUUAUGUUUGUAUGUACAUGUAUGUGUGUAUAUGUAUGCGUAUAUAUGUAUGUGUAUGUUAUUGUUUGCUUUUGUAAAAAUAUUGUGAAUAUGAAAGUCAAACAAAAAAUAUUUUAAAAAAAUUAUUUUCAUUCAUAUGUCGAUUCGACAUAUCCUUAUGAACUUGAAAUAAAAGACCCGACAUAGUUUUCCACAUCUGCUUCGUCUUAGAUAUUUAUUGAACAUAGGUUUUAAUGACAAAAUAACAACUCAACUUUUUGACAAACUGGAUGAUUUCAAGUUCUCUAUCAGCAUGUCCCAUAUUUAUGUAGCAAUAUUGUAUAUUAUAUUUAUUACAGGAUAGUGCGGGAGAUAUGAAGAUUUAUUCACCCAAGAAAAAUCAUAUUCGCCGAGAGCAAUGAUUUCCCUUGGGUGAAUA